UCUUAAGAUAAGAAUAUACUGUUUCAAUGGGUCUUAAGUAUUUUGUUGCCGUGCUAUUAUUGUAUUUGAAUGAAGGAUUUCUUAUAGACCAUGACGCCCCACGGAAGGUUGUAAAAGUUCUAACAGCAGGGAAUGGUGGACAUUGGGGGGACUGGCAUCCUCCUCAUUACUGUGCAGAAGGCGCAUAUGCAGUCGGAUUUAAUUUGAAGAUAGAAAGUUACCAACAAGGCCUGGAUGACACUGCUUUAAACGCAAUAUUGUUAAAAUGUGAAACAUUGGAUGGUCCUCACUACGCUGGAUACGUAGAGUCAGGAGAAGGGCAGUGGGGAAGUUGGAUCGGCGAAAAACAGUGCCAGAAUGUUAAUCAAAGUCGACUUUUCCUAAAUGCCUUUUCACUUCAAGUGGAACCUAAUCAGCAAGGACUUGAUGAUACUGCUGCAAACUGGGCUAGAUUUAAAUGUCGCGAGUUUGCACAGGAAGUGGAUUUUGACCUUGACAUUCCCCCAGGACAUGGAAAAUUUGGGACAUAUGGUGGUUGGAGCGAAAGUUGUCCUCUGAACUCAGCGAUUUGUGGUAUUCAGAGCCGUAUAGAAGGGGCUCAAGGAGCGGGAGAUGACACAGCUAUGAAUGAUGCUAAGUUUUUCUGUUGUUCUGAAUAAAGCAGUAAAUAGUCAG